AUUUAAAAUUGCUCCAGAGAUGAAUAGACAUUUGCUCCUGUCACAAACGUGGAGUUUUCAUUCACGAGGCAACAACUGCUCCAUAGUCCAUUAUGCAGUGUUGACAAUGGGAAAAUGGAUCCACAUAGUCAACAAGGUCGAAACAAUUUGGGAUUAGGCCAUAGUUGGGUUAAGUAUGGUUUACUAAAGUUCAUAGAUUGAAUAUGAAUAUGAGCAUACAGGGGAGGUUAUGGAAAGCUAAGCAAUGGCUGCUUACCUGAAACCUGCAGAAAGUUAGUGCUUUUGUAUGUUCAAAAGAAUUGUUUAACAUCAUCCACUUGCAUGGGAACAUAAAUUCCACUAUAUCCUGUGUGUCUGAGUGCAGGGUUGUGCAGAAUAGGACCUCUACUGUAGCCAAUUGGAUUUGAAAUUAGACCAAGAACUUCCGUUUCUGCACUUAUAUAUUCAAGCUUAUAAACAUGCCUAAGACUGUACAGAGCUGCCAUGCCUGGAACUAUCUUGUCUCCAAAAGAUCCAUACACCAAAAACCCACCAAAUUUUGGGUCCAAAAGCUGGCAUAUCCUCCUCCUCCUUCUUCUGCGAGAAAAAAAAAAGGAAUUUCACAUUAAAAGAAGGGUAUUUCUGGAAAAAAUUAUCACUUCUCACUUUUGACUCUUUGACCAAACGGUUUAAAUGGACGGAAGGACUACAAAUUUAGACGGAAGAGACUACGAAUUUAGACGGAAGAGAAAGUGAGGGACUUAAGUGUUGGGUCGCCAAAAUAGAGGGACAGAAGUGUUAAUUACGUUAAACUUCAGGAACUAAGAAGUAAUUUUCCCUAAUAAUUAUUAUUAUUGCCAGAUUAUUGAUUGUUGAAGGUGAAAUUAGGUGAUAAUUUGAGAUUUGCAAUCUAUAAUACCUUAUAUAAAGGUUGUAAAAUCAUUUCAAAGUGUUUCAAAAUUCCAGGUGCAUAUAUAUUUAGCCAUUAGAAAAAAAAUUACACAAAACAUAUAUCACAAUUCAUUGCUUAAUUUAUUCUUCAAACCAUAUAAAAACACAGUAUGACCUCCAUACAAUAAAAAUAGUCACAUGUAUGCGAUUUUCAGCUCCUGAUCACCACCCAUUGCAAAAGCUUGAUUGUGGAGGCUAACUGAGCCAAAGCUUGAUUGGCAACUGGCAUAGCAUGACAGUAAAACCUCUUUUUUUGUUUCAAUUCUGCUGUGGCAACAUGUUCAAAUUUGGAUUUAGCAAAGGUGCUUCCAUUUCAAGAAAUUCACUUGCUGAGAUCCUCCCCAAGGGAUUUUCUACCCAGAUUGAAAGAAAAUUAGAGGGGAAAGUAGCACUAAUCACUGGAGCAGCAAAUGGUGUUGGGAAGGCAACUGCAACCAAAUUCAUCAACAAUGGUGCCAAAGUUAUUAUUGCUGAUAUCCAACACCAACUUGGCCAAGACACUGCAAAAGAACUCGGUCCCAACGUUGCCUUCAUUGCCUGUGAUGUAACCAAAGAGUCUGACAUAUCAAAUGCUGUAGAUUUUGCCAUUUCAAAAUUCAACCAACUGGACAUCAUGUACAAUAAUGCAGGGGUACACUGCAACUCCUCUCCAAGUAUUGCAGACCUUGACCUUGCACUGUUUGAUCGAGUCAUGAGCAUCAACGCGCGAGGAGUCAUGGCCGGGAUUAAACAUGCCUCUCGUGUGAUGAUCCCACGAAGAACUGGCUCCAUUCUUUGCACAGCCAGUAUCACAGGAAUCAUGGCUGGUGUUUCACAGCACUCAUAUGCUGUAUCCAAGGCCACUGUAAUAGGCAUUGUUAAGACUGUUGCAUCUGAGCUAUGCAAGUAUGGGAUCAGAGUCAAUUCCAUAUCACCUUUCAUUAUGCCAACUCCAUUUAUCAAGGAAGCAAUGAAUCAGCUCUAUCCAGGUAUUGAUGCUCAACGACUUGUGAAAAUAGUACAUAAUACUGGUGUAUUGGAGGGGGAAAAUUGUGAGCCAAUUGACAUAGCUAAUGCUGCAGUAUAUCUUGCAUCUGAGGAUGCCAAGUACGUUAAUGGGCAUAAUUUGGUGGUUGAUGGAGGCUUUACAUCAUUCAAGAGUCUGGGAUUCCCUGCACCAGAUCAGGUUUAGUGCAAAACUUGCUUAAGGAACUAUGUUUUAACUUUCCAUUGAAGAUUGCUGUAGAGAUGAAUAGAUAUUUGCUUCUGUCACAAAUGCCCAAUAGAUUAAAAGCUUUUCCUGA